AUGGACACUCGGCUUCAGCAAGCAAUCGACCAUGAUGAUGUUGAUGAGCUAUAUCGCUUGAUUGAACAGGAUCAAGAUCUCUUAGAUCAAGGAUCCAGGGGCCCCUUCCCAAAUACUCCACUACACUAUGCCGUUGACGAGGGGAAAACUAAAGUGGCCAUGGAGAUAGCCAUCUUGAACUCGUCAUUCGCUCAAAAGCUGAAUCGAAGGGGUUACAGCCCCAUGCAUUUGGCAUUACAAAAGAAGCAUUAUGACAUUGUGAGGGCAUUGAUCACCCUCAACCCUGAGUUGAUCCGAGAGAAUGUGGAGCUCUUGGACCUCCUGGCCGAAUUCCUAUCCGCUUGCAAAUCAUCCAUCGAAGACUUGACGAGCCAAUGCGAGACUGCGGUUCACAUUGCCGUCAAGAACUACAACAUUAAAGCAUUCAAGGUUUUAUUUGGAUGGCUUAAGCGAACCUACAUGACUGAAAUCUUAGAUUGGAAAGAUCAAGAUGGUAAUAACGUUUUACAUAUUGCUGCCUCCCAAAAUCAGCCUGAGGUAUAA